AUGAUCCCCGGCAUGGCCGCUCAGCUUCUCUUCAUGUGUGUCCGCCACGCUGACUACCUCAACGACGGAGCCAAGCUCAAGUCUCUCAUGAACGGCAUCAUCAGCGGGGUCAAGAAGGUCAUCACGGUAAGCCGAGUCAGUGCUCUAGUCUGUUUCCUGUUCUGCACUUUAUUGUUCUUCAUACGACUCUGAAAACACAGAACCAGGCCACUGUAAGCUCUUCUUCUUCUGUCCCCGGUGGGUGAAAUUGAAUGACCUGGUUUACAUUUAAAAAUGCGGAUGUUCUCAGGAUUGAGUUGGUUUGUGUUGUCAUUGGUUACCUGUCUCAGGAUCACCAAGCAGACUUUGAGUUGCUGUCGUUCUGGCUCUCCAACAUGUACCACAUGCUCAACUGCCUGAAACAGUACAGUGGAGAAGAGGUAGGAUUGUCCUCCAGCGUUUCACACAGCACACCAUCAAGUGGUUCAGGGGGUUCUAUCCACAGAUAAUGUACCAGUCCAUAUUUUGUUUCAUAGGGGGGGGGGGCUACAUUGCAUAGUAAUACUCAAACUAAAGAUCUGUAACUGAUGUUAUUCUAUCCCACAUUCUGUCGUAGGAGUUUAUGAAACAGAACACUCCGCGUCAGAAUAAGAACUGCUUGCAGAACUUUGACUUGUCUGAACACAGGCAGAUCUUCAGUGACCUGGCCAUCCGUAUCUAUCACCAGUUUAUAUCUGUUAUGGAGAAGGCUCUUCUGCCCAUGAUCGGUAGGUUACUCUUAUACGAUAACAUGGAUACAACAUCAAUAUGAUACAUAACGUUGAUGGUCACUUUUUCCAUGAAAUAUUUGUAGAAAUCCAAGAAAGGAUUUACAUUCUCAAGAUGGUUAAUAAAGUGCAAUAAAGGUUUUCAUUCAUUCACACGUGCAUUCAGUACCUGUUCUACGUAAGGUGUGUGUCUGCAUUCAGUACCUGUUCUACGUAAGGUGUGUGUCUGCAUUCAGUACCUGUUCUACGUAAGGUGUGUGUCUGCAUUCAGUACCUGUUCUACGUAAGGUGUGUGUCUGCAUUCAGUACCUGUUCUACGUAAGGUGUGUCUCUGCAUUCAGUACCUGUUCUACGUAAGGUGUGUGUCUGCAUUCAGUACCUGUUCUACGUAAGGUGUGUCUCUGCAUUCAGUACCUGUUCUACGUAAGGUGUGUGUCUGCAUUCAGUACCUGUUCUACGUAAGGUGUGUGUCUGCAUUCAGUACCUGUUCUACGUAAGGUGUGUCUCUGCAUUCAGUACCUGUUCUACGUAAGGUGUGUCUCUGCAUUCAGUACCUGUUCUACGUAAGGUGUGUGUCUGCAUUCAGUACCUGUUCUACGUAAGGUGUGUGUCUCUGUUUCCUCCAGUUCCUGGUAUGCUGGAGCAUGAGAGCCUCCAGGGUAUCUCUAGUAUGAAGCCUACCGGUUUCCGUAAGCGUUCCAACAGUAUCUACGAGGACCAGGAGGUCUACACCAUCUCCUCUCUCCUCCAGCAACUCAGUCUUUACCACAGCACUAUGAGUCAACACGGCAUGGAGGAGGGGCUGGUCAGACAGGUAGGGGGGGGGGGGGGGGGGGGGGUGCGGGGGGGGGGGUCGCUCACUCAGGGCCUGGUCAGACAGGUAGGGGGGGGGGGGGUCGCUCACUCAGGGGCUGGUCAGACAGGUAGGGAGGGGGGGGGGGGGGGGGGGGGGGGGGGGGCUGGUACAGACAGGUAGGGAGGAGGGGCUGGUCAGGACAGGUAGGGAGGAGGGGGGGGGGUUGCUCACUCAGGGGCUGGUCAGACAGGUAGGGAGGAGGGGGGGGGGUGGGUCAGACAGGUGGGGGGGGGGGGGGUCGCUCACUCAGGGGGAUGGUCAGACAAGUAGGGGGGGGGGGGGGGGGGGGUUGCUCACUCAGGGGCUGGUCAGAAGGUGGGGGGGGGGGGGGGGGGUUGCUCACUUCAGGGGCUGGUCAGACAGGUAGGGGGGGGGGGGGUGGUUGCUCACUCAGGGGCUGAUCAGACAGGUGGGGGGGGGGGGGGGGUUGCUCACUCAGGGGCUGGUCAGACAGGUAGGGGGGGGGGGGGGGGGGGGGGGUUGCUCACUCAGGGGCUGGUCAGACAGGUAGGGGGGGGGGGGUGGUUGCUCACUCAGGGGCUGGUCAGACAGGUAGGGGGGGGGGGUGGUUGCUCACUCAGGGGCUGGUCAGACAGGUAGGGGGGGGGUGGUUGCUCACUCAGGGGCUGGUCAGACAGGUAGGGGGGGGGGGUGGUUGCUCACUCAGGGGCUGAUCAGACCGGUGGGGGGGGGGGGGGGUUGUAGGGGAAAGGUGUAAACUCCCUCUUGGGAUCAAUUGUGGGGUGACACAGGUAUCGAUUCUUGGACCUCUAUGAUUUUUAGGUUCUAUUAAAUGCAUCUAACUGUGUGUUUGUGUCUGAUCCUGUGUUGUCCAACAGGCUGUGAAACAGAUCUUCUUCCUGGUGGGUGCGGCCACACUCAACAACAUCCUGCUACGCAAAGACAUGUGCUCCUGUAGGAAGGGCAUGCAGAUCAGGUAGGGGACAGAGUGUGUGUGUGUGUGUGAGCCAUGCAUGCAUUUGUGCGAGUGUGUAGUGAACAAGAAGCACGGGAGGAAGACAUGGAAAGCUAAAUCCUCCCCAGCAAACAGUGAAAGUUCCUACAAUGUAUGUUAAACGUAACAGCAUGUUUCAGUUACCUGUCUGUAUGUUAGGUAACGCAACAACAUGUUUCAGUUACCGGUCUGUGUGUUUUCCAGGUGCUUCGAAACCAGCGACCUUUCGGUUACUGGCCCAACGCUCUUAACCGCUAGGCUACCUGUUUUUUUUUCAGGUGUAACAUCAGUUACCUGGAGGAGUGGCUGAAGGAGAAGGACCUAUUGCAGGGUACCAGUGCCAUGGAAACUCUGAAGCCUCUGUCUCAGGCUGCCUGGCUGCUGCAGGUCAACAAGACCACCGAUGACGACGCCAAGGAAAUCAUAGAACAAUGCUCUGAACUCAACACUGUACAGGUACUGAAUGAUGUCAUACAGGCUUACCCAACUGCCGGCCUGCGGGGGGUUUUAUUUAGCCGCCGAAGUUUUCGAAAGCAAAAAUAAAUAAUAAUACAUAUUUAUUUUCCUUUUUUUUUUUGUUGGACAUAAAACUGUGUAAAAGCACCAGGAAAUCAGCUCCAAGUGUUUUUUAUUUUUAUUUUGUUAAAUCUGUUCCCAUGUAUUCCCACACAUAAUAGAGAUAUAUAUAUAUAUAUAUAUAUAUACACUGCUCAAAAAAAUAAAGGGAACACUAAAAUAACACAUCCUAGAUCUGAAUGAAUGAAAUAAUCUUAUUAAAUACUUUUUUUCUUUACAUAGUUGAAUGUGCUGACAACAAAAUCACACAAAGAUUAUCAAUGGAAAUCAAAUGUAUCAACCCAUGGAGGUCUGGAUUUGGAGUCACCCUCAAAAUUAAAGUGGAAAACCACACUACAGGCUGAUCCAACUUUGAUGGAAUGUCCUUAAAACAAGUCAAAAUGAGGCUCAGUAGUGUGUGUGGCCUCCACGUGCCUGUAUGAUCUCCCUACAACGCCUGGGCAUGCUCCUGAUGAGGUGGCGGAUGGUCUCCUGAGGGAUCUCCUCCCAGACCUGGACUAAAGCAUCCGCCAACUCCUGGACAGUCUGUGGUGCAACGUGGCGUUGGUGGAUGGAGCGAGACAUGAUGUCCCAGAUGUGCUCAAUUGGAUUCAGGUCUGGGGAACGGGCGGGCCAGUCCAUAGCAUCAAUGCCUUCCUCUUGCAGGAACUGCUGACACACUCCAGCCACAUGAGGUCUAGCAUUGUCUUGCAUUAGGAGGAACCCAGGGCCAACCGCACCAGCAUAUGGUCUCACAAGGGGUCUGAGGAUCUCAUCUCGGUACCUAAUGGCAGUCAGGCUACCUCUGGCGAGCACAUGGAGGGCUGUGCGGCCCCCCCAAAGAAAUGCCACCCCACACCAUGACUGACCCACCGCCAAACCGGUCAUGCUGGAGGAUGUUGCAGGCAGCAGAACGUUCUCCACGGCGUCUCCAGACUCUGUCACGUCUGUCACGUGCUCAGUGUGAACCUGCUUUCAUCUGUGAAGAGCACAGGGCGCCAGUGGCGAAUUUGCCAAUCUUGGUGUUCUCUGGCAAAUGCCAAACGUCCUGCACGGUGUUGGGCUGUAAGCACAAACCCCACGUGUGGACGUCGGGCCCUCAUACCACCCUCAUGGAGUCUGUUUCUCACCGUUUGAGCAGACACAUGCACAUUUGUGGCCUGCUGGAGGUCAUUUUGCAGGGCUCUGGCAGUGCUCCUCCUGCUCCUCCUUGCACAAAGGCGGAGGUAGCAGUCCUGCUGCUGGGUUGUUGCCCUCCUACGGCCUCCUACGGCCUCCUCCACGUCUCCUGAUGUACUGGCCUGUCUCCUGGUAGCGCCUCCAUGCUCUGGACACUACGCUGACAGACACAGCAAACCUUCUUGUCACAGCUCGCAUUGAUGUGCCAUCCUGGAUGAGCUGCACUACCUGAGCCACUUGUGUGGGUUGUAGACUCCGUCUCAUGCUACCACUAGAGUGAAAGCACCGCCAGCAUUCAAAAGUGACCAAAACAUCAGCCAGGAAGCAUAGGAACUGAGAAGUGGUCUGUGGUCACCACCUGCAAAACCAGUCCUUUAUUGGGGGUGUCUUGCUAAUUGCCUAUAAUUUCCACCUGUUGUCUAUUCCAUUUGCACAACAGCAUGUGAAAUUUAUUGUCAAUCAGUGUUGCUUCCUAAGUGGACAGUUUGAUUUCACAGAAGUGUGAUUGACUUGGAGUUACAUUGUGUUGUUUAAGUGUUCCCUUUAUAUUUUUGAGCAGUGUAUAUAUAUAUAUAUAUAUAUAUAUAUAUAUAUAUAUAUAUAUAUAUAUAUAUAUAUAUAUAUAUAUAUAUAUGAUCGUAUACAAAUGUAAGCAAGGUUUGAAAUGAUGACGUUUUAGUCAAAUAUUAUAUCUGUUUGGACUUCUUGCGGUCAAUUUGCAGUCUGCAAAUAAUUUGUAAUUAUGUUCCGGCCCCCCCGACCGUCCGAUCAAGAAAGGAAAAUCGGCCCGUGGCUAAAUCUAGUUGGUGAUUCUUGCUGUACUACAUUACCCAUAAUGCUUUGACAAGAAGAAAACAAAAAUGUUGUACCAUAUCCUCACCAACACGGGCAGUACUGUAGAUUUACACUGUUUUUGUGAAUAUUACUGACAGGAUGUUGUUCAUUAUCCUGCUUUAGAUAGUCAAGAUUCUGAACUCUUACACGCCCAUUGAUGAUUUUGAGAAAAGGGUGGCACCGUCGUUUGUCCGCAAAGUUCAGGUAAGGUAUAAUUGUGCGUCCCGAUCUCGAUCAAGUGUGACAAAGAUCAUGUGUACCUGAAAUUUAUUAUGAAAUCCUUUCCAUCACAGCAGUUCCACUAUAUGGAAAUUCUAGACAAUCUAAAAUAUUUCCAUGAACUAAAUGUAGGAAAUGUAAUUGAUUUCCCUUGUCGCCAGGGGUUGCUCCAGGACCGUGAGGGAGGAUCUUCCCAGCUGAUGCUGGACACCCAGUAUCAUUUCCAGGUUACCUUCCCCUUCACCCCGUCCUCUCAGGCUCUGGAGCUACACCAGCUACCAUCCAGCCUCAGACUGGGCUUCCUCACCAGGAUCUAA